CUCGGCGUAAUUGUGCACGCGAUGGCAGGCAAGAAAGCAGCGCGCAAGGCGCCCAAGGUCACGAAAAAGCCCGUACCGGAGCCAGAGAGCAGCGACGAGGAAGAGGUGACGGCGUCGGCGAGCUUCUUCGUCGGCGAUGACGACAGCAGCAGCAGCGACGGCGGCGAGGCCGGCGGCGGCGACGACGACGCGAUGAUGGACGACGACGCGUCGUCGGACGAGGAGGAGGCGCCGGCGGCGCUCGAGCAGCCCAAGGAGAAGAAGCGCGUGGCCUUCGCGGAGCCCGCGGCGCCCGCGGCGGCGCCCGCCGAGGCGGCGGACGAGGACGACGACGACGAGGAGGAGGAGGUGGACUGGGCGACGCUCUGCGAGAACGUGCGCCUGGACCGGCGGCUCGCGCGGGCCGUCGCGGAGCUGAACUGGGCGCGGCCGUCGCUCAUCCAGCAGGCCGCGCUGCCGGUGGCGGCGACCGGCCGCGACCUGCUCAUCCGCGCGCGCACGGGCAGCGGCAAGACGGCGUGCUACGCGCUGCCGAUCCUCGACCUCAUCCUGAAGAAGAAGGCGGAGACGCUCGAGGGCCGGCGCGAGUACGGCGGCGUGCUCGCGGUCGUCCUCGUGCCGACGCGGGAGUUGGUCGCGCAGGCCGCGACCCAGCUCCGCGAGCUCGCGGCCUACUGCCGCGACGACGUCGCCAUCGUCGCGCUGCGGGGCGAGAGCGCCGCCGAGGACGCGGCCCAGGUGCGGAGCGGCAACGCGGACGUCGUCGCGGGCACGCCCGCGGCCGUCAGGGACGCCGUCGAGCGCGCGCGCGCGCACGACGACCACCCGCUCCUGCGGCUCCGGAGGACCUGCCGCGCCUACGCCGUCGACGAGGCCGAUCUGGUGUUAUCGUUUGGCUACGACGAGGACGUCGCGUUCGUCGCGCGGGAGCUCGGCGUCGCGGGCGACGACGCCGCGGACCGCGCGGACCGGCCCCAGGGCUUCCUGCUGUCCGCGACGCUCGGCGACGACGUGCUCAAGCUCAAGAAGCUCGCCCUGAAGGGCGCGGCGACGGUCAAGCUCGACGAGCGCGCGGGCGUCUUCGGCGGCGACCGCGACGACGAGGCGCAGCUCGCGCAGUACUACGUGCCCGUCGCCAAGGGCGACAAGUACCUGGUGACCUACGUCAUGCUCAAGCUCGCGCUCUUGGAGGGCCGGGGCGUGUUGUUCGUGAAUUCCGUGGACGCCUGCUACAAGCUGAAGCUCUUCCUCGACCUGUUUUCGAUCCGGUGCCUGGUGCUGAACGCGGAGCUGCCGCUGGCGUCGCGGCUCCACGCCAUCGAGUCCUACAACCGGGGGCUCUACGACAUCCUCGUGGCGACGGACGCGUCCGUCGAGGCGACGGACGCGCCGGAGAAGCGGAAGCGCGGCCAGAAAAAGGCCACCAAGGCGCCGAAGAAGUCGAAGGACGCCUUCGGCGUCGCCCGGGGCAUCGAUUUCCGGGACGUCAAGUGGGUGCUGAACGUGGACGUGCCCGCGACGCCGGAGUCUUAUACGCACCGCGUCGGCCGCACCGCGCGCGCGGGCGCGCGCGGCACGGCGCUGAGCCUCGUCCCGCCCAUGAAGCUCGCGUCGCUCGCGGCGGGCGGCGCGUGCGCGGUGCUCGCGGCGCUCGACGUCGACGAGGCCGCGGCGCUCGGCGCGGGCGCGCACGUGCCCCAGCCGGCGCGCCUGGCCUUCGACGGCGGCGCCUGCGAGCCCUUCCGCUACCGCGUCUCCGACGUGCAGCGCGGCGUCACGGCCGCGUCCGUCCGCGACGCGCGCGCGGCCGAGCUCCGGAAGGAGAUGCUCGACAGCGAGGCGCUCAAGGCCCACUUCUCCGACAACCCCGACGACCUCGCUGUGCUCCAGCAGACCAAGGCCGAGCACCACGUGCGCCGGGACCUCCUCGCGGCGACGAUCAAGACCGUGCCGAGUUACCUCGUGCCCAAGGCCCUCGCCGCCGCGGGCGCGAAGCCGAAGCAGUCCUUCAAGCGCAAGAAGCGCUCCGAGAAGCGGUCCGGGGCGAAGCGCCAGCGCGGCGACGGCGCCGACGAGACGCGCCGCACGGACAACGACCCCCUCCAGUCCUUCGACGCGUCGGGCCUCGACGCCAAGGAGCCGCCGCGCGUCUUCGACUCGGGCGACCCGGAGCUCGACAAGAACGAGUCGACGUCGUCGCGCCGCGCGUGGCAGAAGAAGCACGGCAAGGGCGAGUUCGCCAAGAAGGCGCCCAAGCGCCUCAAGAAGUUCGCCAAGGACGCGGGCUUCCGCCAGAAGAAGUUCUGAGGCGAAGCUAAGGUCCUUUUCUCUG